CCCUGAAAUACGGCCCCGGCCGCCGCCGCCGCCGGGCAGCGCAGGAGCCGCGGCACAGCGCGGCCAUGCCCGCCCCCGCCGCGCCCCGCCGCCUGGCCGCCGCCGCCCCCGCCGGCAAGGCCAAGCUCACCCACCCCGGCAAGGCCAUCCUGGCAGGUGGCCUGGCCGGAGGGAUAGAGAUCUGCAUCACAUUCCCCACUGAGUACGUGAAGACGCAGCUGCAGCUGGACGAGAAGGCAAACCCUCCCCGCUACAAGGGCAUCGGGGACUGCGUGAAGCAGACUGUCCGUGACCAUGGCAUCCGGGGGCUGUACCGGGGGCUCAGCUCGCUGGUGUACGGUUCCAUCCCCAAGGCCGCCGUCAGGUUUGGGAUGUUCGAGUUCCUCAGCAACCAGAUGAGAGACGAGCAAGGGCGACUGGACAGCACGCGGGGUCUCAUCUGUGGGCUGGGCGCUGGUGUGGCCGAGGCUGUGGUGGUGGUCUGCCCCAUGGAGACCGUAAAGGUGAAGUUUAUCCAUGAUCAGUGCUCCCCUAAGCCCAAAUACCGCGGCUUCUUCCAUGGCGUCCGGGAGAUCGUUCGGGAACAGGGAUUGAAGGGGACCUACCAGGGCUUAACCGCAACUGUCCUCAAGCAAGGAUCGAACCAGGCCAUUCGCUUCUUUGUCAUGACAUCCCUCAAGAACUGGUACAAAGGGGAUGAUCCCAACAAGGUCAUCAACCCCUUUGUCACAGGGGUGUUUGGAGCUCUAGCCGGAGCUGCGAGUGUCUUUGGCAACACCCCCUUGGAUGUGGUGAAGACCAGGAUGCAGGGGCUGGAAGCACACAAGUACAAGAGCACCUGGGACUGCGCUUACCAGAUCAUGAAACACGAAGGACCCCUGGCGUUUUACAAGGGCACAGUGCCUCGCCUGGGCCGCGUCUGCCUCGAUGUGGCCAUCGUCUUCGUCAUCUAUGAUGAGGUGGUCAAGUUCCUCAACAAGGUGUGGAAAACGGACUGAGGGGGCCGGGCCGGGGCGGCCCCCACCUCCCUCGCCCUGCGGGGCUGCAGCUGGAGAGCCAUGACCAAGCCCGCAGCUGCCUGCUGGCGCUGCCAGGGGCCAAGUCUGCCCACGGUGUGUGUCCCCCACCCCAAACCCAGCCACCUCUGUGUUUAGGAACAGGCUCUGAAGCAGGUUAAAUUAUUAGUUCUGCGCUAAAAGGAGCAGAGAGGGAGCAGCAUCCCAGCAUCCGGUCCCCCAGCAUCCCAGUUAUGCCCACCCUAGUCCCCUGGUGACACCUUCCCCUGGUCUCAUCACCUGUGAGCACUGGUUAGUUAGGGUGAGGUGUCCCCUGGGAUGGUGGCCUUGUGUCCCCAGGGCCCCUGGUGGCCAGGAGCUGCCUGCUGCUUGGGGGCCAGCUCUUUCUGGGGGUGCUGAGAUCCUCCUGGGGGCUCUGUGGGUGCAGUGGCCAAGCUGUGCACCAGGCAUCGCAGCUGGCGGGGGGCUCCUGGGGCUGACAUUGCUGGCUGGGAGCGAUGCGCCUGGUCUCACAGCAACUUGGGGGGGGGGGCACCAGCCCCACGAGCUGGUGUGGCCCCAGGCUCCGUCCUCCCUGCCAGCACCAAGACUCCCCUGGGGUGCAGCACCCUGGCCCCCCGGGUCCCACUCAGCCCUAUGCUGCUGAGCAGGUGCUGCCCAGACUUGCACAUCCAGCCAGGCCUUUUGUCCUCCUCACCAUGGGGCCAGGAUUGGGGUGAGCCGGGUGCUCCCAUCUCUUGCCAUUUACAGUUGAGACGUGUACGUGAGCUGGGAUGAGGAGGCACAGCCCCAUGCCGCAGACUUGGCCCCUCCGCUGGGGGUGCAAACCCCUUCUUCUGCCACAUUCCCCUCCAUCUGCCUUCCCGCCACCUCUCCGCUCCCCAUAGGUAACCCCAUAGUUCUUGGAGCUUCACGCUGACCCACUAACAGCCAUGGUGGCCGUGGGGCAGGAGCCCUGCCCUGCCCUGUGCUGGGCUUGGCCCCAUGGGAUUUGUGCCAAUCUUCUCCCAAAGGAGCCGGGAGGUGCGGGAGCCAGGGCUCAGCCUGUCCCUCCUCCUGGCACUAGUGGUGAAUGCAGCCUUAACAGGGGGGCGAAGGAGGAGAAGGGAAGCCCGGGUGCGGUUUACCUGCGGCUUUCUGCUCUGAAGCCAGUGAGGAUUGUGUUGAUUUUUUUUUUUUUUUUUAUUAUUAUUAUUCUGUUUUACAUUCGCAAUUUGAAUAAAAUCAGUCUGGCUUUA